GGCGUUGCACUAACCGGGUUUAUUUGCUCAUUGGAGGAGUCAAUAUUGGAGCAGCACAACCAGUCCAGCAUUGCUUCACAAACACCAUGGGAGAACGCAGGGCCGCACUCAAACAUUUGUUUUGUACAAAUGUCAUUCUUUUGUUGAAUCUGCAUCUUGGUGUCGCACAGUUAUGCAACUUGGAUAUAAAGAUCAAAGGGGGAGAUGUCAUUCUUCCUCGUAACCCGAUUCCAGGAAGCAUACUGCAUUAUGUCUGCCCUGAUGGGGCAUAUCCGUAUCCCGUCGCAUGGAGAGUGUGUCAGAGGGAUGGCAGCUGGACACCACUACUCAGUGACUCUCGAGAACAUUCAAUAUUAGCAAGUUGUAACCCUAUGACGUGUGUGCAACCUCUGGAGUUUGAAAACGGUGAAUUCUACCCCAGAAAGUCAGUCUACAAGGUUGGAGAUAAAAUACAGUUCUCCUGCUACAGCGGGUUCAGAGUAUAUGGCUCCUCGUUUCUAUCCUGUCAGUCGAACGGGAAAUGGAAUGGUUCACUGCCAAUAUGCGAUGAUGAUGAGGCAUUUUGUCAUAACCCAGGUAUUCCUUUUGGAUCACGAAAGUCUGGUAAAGAUUACAACUUAGAGGGUGUGGUGACCUACACAUGUCCGGCAAAUCUCAUUCCUUCAGGAACUUUGAAAAGGGUAUGUCUGUCAAACCACCAGUGGUCUGGGAAAGAACCAUCAUGUGAAAGCAGAUACAGCUUUGAUACUGCAGAGGAUAUUGAGGAAGCUCUGAACAAUACCAUGCUUUCACUACUUCAUCGCCAAGGUAACACUGAAGAGAAACUGAAUGUUUAUCUCCUGAUUGAUGCAUCUCAAAGUGUGGGAAAAGACAAUUUUCAACUUGGCGUGGGUUUCCUGAUGAAUCUAAUUCUAAAGAUGUCAAAUUAUGCGAUACAAGCAAAAUAUGCCAUUGUGGUAUUUGCGUCUCAAGCAAAGACAAAACUUGCAUUGACUGAAAAAGCAAAUCAAGAUCCAAAGGCUGUAAUUAACAUUCUGAAAGAGCUGAGCUACAGUGAAUUUGAAGAAAGCCCUGGUACCAAUACUGGAGAAGCACUUCUGCAAGUGGUGGCAUUAAUCAAUUCAUACAAACAACAACAACGCCUUCCAAUACUGUGGAAUCAAAAUAAACAUAUCUCAUUUAUUGUCACAGACGGCCGCUCCAAUAUGGGACCACCUCCCAAGAUUGUUAUGAAUGAGAAGUUUGCGGACAUUCCCAUGGAUAUUUACACGUUUGGAAUUGGAAAUGUCUACAAGGAAGAGCUCGUGUCAAUUGCUUCCCAGAAGAAGGGUGAACGGCAUUCAUUUAUGUUGCUGAAUUACAGAGAGCUUCAGAAAAUAGGGAUUGUUAAUACAGAUAAAACAUUAUACUACAAAUGUGGUAUUGCAACAUAUCAUGAAGUCUUCAGGUUAUCUCGGAUCUUUAAUGGAAAGGCCACAAAUAUUACAGAAUGGCCCUGGCAUGUUCGAAUACAAAUAGGAGAGCAUCAUUCUUGUGGAGGAACCAUCAUUUCACCUCAUUGGAUAAUGACAGCAGCACACUGUUUUUCAAUGAUUUCUCCUGAUGGGGAUAUCUCUCGGCGAGUGAGCGUCUUCAUAGGUUCCCAUUUACCAUCUGGUGGAGAACACAGAAGUGUGAAGCGAGUGUUGAUACAUGACAAAUAUAAUGAACGGGCUAUGCAACGAGAAUUGCCAGGAUCUGAGUUUUAUGAUUAUGAUAUAGCCAUCUUGGAACUUCAUCAUCAUUUGACAUUUGGAGAUACAAAACAGCCUGUUUGCCUACCAUGCACCAAAGAUUCAGCUGAAAUAUUAAAAUUAGAAGGAACCGUUUGGAAAGACUGGGAAGAGUUUUGCCACAAACACAUUGCUCAACAAAUAUUGACUGAAAACGGAGAAGGAAUCAUCACAGGGUUUGGAAUGGUUAAUACAACUGCAAUACCUACACAACUUCAACAGGCCACCAUUCAACUUAAAGACAACUCUGCUUGUUUAGAAGAAUUUGUGAAAUUCAAUAGACCUUUCAGCGCAGACACACUCAAAACAUUUAUAACAAAGAAUAUGCUGUGUGCUGGCGGUACUGGAGCUGAUGCCUGUAAAGGCGAUUCUGGAGGACCAUUUAUCGUGAAAAGAUCGGAGCAUUGGAUUCAGAUUGGUGUUGUAAGCUGGGGAGUUACUCCAAUCUGUGGUGGUGGACAAAGGAAUGGCUUAUACACAAAUGUUGUACAGAUGAUGCAGUGGAUUAAAUCACAUGUCUAUGAUAUCGAUUUUAGAGCAAAUGGGCAAGUUUUAUAACAACACCAAAUAGUAACUUCUCUGAUGUGGACCAAUCAGUUUCAAAGACAAUGCAUAUAUUAUCAGAGUACGUUUUUUGUUUGCAUUCUGACCACAAUUAUUGUGGUUAAUGCAUGAUUCCUUGUAAAAGGUUUCAGUUUGGUGUUUUAACAUCUUAACACCUGUUUUGUUGCCAGAAAAAAAGGGGAAAACCUAUUCUCAGUAAUUUAUCAUUAUCUUAAACCAACAGGGUAACCUCAACUCAUAAAAAUAGACUGUAAUACAAGGACUACAGUAUAUUCAUUUCAAUGUUUACUCUGAAAUGAAAGCCAUACCAUGUGUUAAAGUGUUGUCCUUAUGUAUGCAUUGCUGUUUUUUUCCGUUUUUCCCUCUGAAUGAGAGAAGUUAUUAAGUUAGCUGCUCAACAGAGUAUAGUAGUUAUAUGCGACAUUAAAACUGCUGAUUUAUGCACUAAUCUUGCAUCAUUGGCAAAUAUUUCAAUCACAGUCGUCAAAUGUGAAAUUAAGAUUAUGUAGGAAGAGUGCAUAAAUGCAUGUUGAAACUGUUAUGAUGAAGGGAAAUUUAAUUGCGAAUUAAUCACGGAUAAUACAAUUUACAUCUUGCAAUUUUGGCAGGAAUUCAUGGCCAAAAUCUGUGUUUUUCAGAAUUAUAGCCCGUAACUAUCGAGUGUGGAUUGGGAAAUCUGGGAGUUGUAGUUUUACAUCCUGAACAGAUUACUUCCAGCAGCCAGCCUUACAUAGGUUGGGCUUUGAUGUUUUUUUAGUGCUCUGCCUCCCCAUGUGAUGGGCUGUGGUCAUUUUUGGAAGAGCACUGGCAUUACCAGCCACUCUGCGUCUCAGAUGAGAUUAUGUAGUGGUCUUUGAGAUAUAUUUAAGCACUGACUGCAAACCCUUGUUUUUGCUGGGAGAUCAUGGCAGAAAUUUCAGCCAUUCUCAAUCUACCAGUGGAUCUAGGCCACCCCGCACCAUGUUAUUCAAGGUCAGUGCUGGUUAAUGAAAAGGGGGAGGGCAGGACCAGCUCUCAUAUUUCCACUGAUAGCCAUGGGCAGGAAUCAAACUUAAGUCACCGGAUUCUUAGCAUAGCGCACUAACCAAUGUACAACCACUUUACGCUUUUCACUCAUAUAUGAUUAUAAAAAGUAUUAUAUCUGAUAAAUGACAUAAAGUGCAUGCUUAUGGCUGUGGCUCAUUAUGUAUAUAUAUCUGUGCGGACAGUGGCUCUGUCAUUUCUGAUGAAGCCCUGUGCGGUGUUGCCAGGGUUGUGCAUCUGUGAUGUCGUGCAUGUAAUGCUCUGGAUGCAAAUUUGUGGGUGUGCAGCUGUGGGUGUUCUAAUAUUGAUGUUGUUGUAUAUGAGCCUUUUCCAAAAUUGAUAUUAACAAUAAUAUUUGCCGUUAUAUAUAUCAUAUAUUUUUUUAACAAACGAAAAAAAAUAAUAAAACCCGUAAGCCAGGCACAC